UCACUUCUUCACCGUACACACACAUACGCACACACACACACACACACACACACACGUUUAUUCGGGUUCGCUCAUGUUUGUGACGGAUUAUUACACAUUUAGGCUUUUAUUCAGUGCGGAUUUAAAGGACCACAUGAUUAAGUGAAACUGUCGGUGAGCUGCAGCUCGGAACGAUGCGCUUUAAUACCCUCAGUGUCCUGAGUGUACUGAGUGUAGUGUGGAGAGUCACACACACAGUUCCCGCUCCUACUGACGUAUCAGUAAAGUGUGACAGUUAUGGAGUGGAGGUGGAGUGGACGGCUGAUGGGGUCAGCGAGGAAGCCGAGUUUGAGUUAGAGAUCAAACCUAACUUUGGGAACACCACUUCUGUUCGCACAAAGGACCGUCGCUACAACAUAUCGUCCGUGUUCGACGAUACAGGGUACAACAAGUACUUUGUACAAGUGAAGGCCAGAGAUGGUGAAGAGGAGUCUGAGUUUGCAAAAUCCCAAAUGUUCUCUUUCAGCACUGAGAUGCUACUCAAUAUCACCUGUGGUCUCGAGUUCCCCCCAGUCACACUGUUUCCUCAGGACGGAAAGUUGUUUGUUCACUUCGUCAACCCUUUGUACCUGUACAGAGACGCACCUGCUUUACGCAAGCUCAGAAGUUCUGACAAGCUACUGUACAUCAUCAACGAGACAUCUCAAGAAUUUUUUUGCAUUCACGAUUCAAAGACGUGUGAGAGCCUCAUAUCAUUCCCAGAAAAGCAAGACGAAUACUGUGUCACGCUUGUGGGAUUCAUCAGACAAACUCUUGUAAAGCCAACAAAACCUUACUGUCACACCGGCAGCCUUUAUACUGAGCUGGAAGACUCUUCCUCAGGGUCACCCCUCAGCACGUACCUCAUCCCUCUGCUGUCCAGUUGUGCCGUGUUCUUCGUGUUGGCUUUGGCCUCCGGGUUUCUGGUGAAGCGAAUUAAGAACAACAUCAAGAAGGAAAUCCUUUCCACGUUCCCAGAGUUUCUGAAGUCCAAGACUCCCCUGACCGACUUCUUAAUAGUGGUGCCGGAGCAUGUAAGCCCCAGAGUUAUCCUGGUUGAUGAAGAUCUCCUUCACAUGACACAGGACAUACAAGAGAACAUCACACACACAGAUACCAGCCACUCUAGUGACCUCACCGAGGAGGAGCACAAGCUUAAAAUCUCAGCAAGCAGCGAAUCCCUGGACACCUCGUGCGCGUACGGGAAAUCAGACGACCUGUCGAGCAGCAACUCGGCUUCGGGUUACGACCGGCCGCACACGCUGGUGGAACUGAGUCCUGGAGACAUGGUGCAAAAUUACAGAUGUUAAGGGCUCAGGUCUUCAGCGAUCUGAAGGAUCUCGAGUUCAGAGACAUGUGACGGAGAGAGAGGUGUGAUAAGAGUAAAUAAUGUGAACACAGAUUUAUCAUGUCUCAUGUCAGCUGCAGGAGCAUUUUAUCUAAAGCCAGUAAGUUUGGGAACGUUCGGUGACGCAGGUCAGGAAUCAUUUAACUUUAUGCAAAUUACGGAGCGACUCUGUACACCGACUACCGAUGCAGACGUACGCUGCUGACUUUUAUACACAAAGGCCAAAUCUUCCUUCAGAAGGUUUAUUGUUAGCUUAUCAGCAUCACCCUCUGAUAAACAUUAUUACCAUGGCAACCAGUAGUAGGAAAAGCUACUGAUGACUUCAUAAUACUUUAUAGGGACUGGUGGCAUAUCGUCGCUGUCGGGCAGAAACCUCGUAUGUCCAAAUUUGGUCAAUUUCAUAUUUUUUCACAUAUGGAUGCUAUUGGUCAGUCCCCACGUGGGUCUGUUAUUUUUACAAGUUAUUAACCAAUCUAAAGUCUUGAAAAUAGCUUGAGUGCAAAUCUCAUAACUCCAUUGGACACUUCAACUGUCCACCUCUUCCUCACUCCGCGGGAGAGCUUCACGGCAUAUUUCUCCUCAAGAAGAGUCGCAACGAAUCAACACGUCUUCUGAGGUAAAUGUCUUCAAAACACUGGGCUCAAAGAAAAAAAAUCUUGACCCCCGCUAGUUCUGGUGCUCGUCUGAGGACAGGAAUUUAGCGCAAGACAAUCCACUGCAACGCGGACUAAACCCUGUGCACUGCAGAUAAGGUACGGCGUUUUUGGAGAUACGAGGAUUCUGCCUGACAGCGACGAUACGUGAACAUAAAGGAAAAUAUCAAAAGACUCCGAGACCAAAUCAUAUGAACGUCUGCUGAAGGUCAAACGCGUUUGAAUCAACGUCUGAGACGGUGAAGAUGAAUCUGCAGCCCUGGUGCAAUAUUAGAUGCUACAAAGGACACUUUAAAUCAUUAGCUUUGCUAGCUAGACUCCUGAAUGAAUGUGUUACAGAAUGAAAACUCUGCGUUAACAUUUAACGCCACAUCGAAUGUUCCGUUGCGAACACUUGUUGUGUUUAAUAUAGCAAAGUGCUGCUAAAGCCUGUAUGUAAUGUGUCAAGUGUGUGUAUGAAGUAAAACCAGCCAGCUAGCUAGCGUGCUAACUAACAAACUAGCAAAAUAUUUGCAUUUGACUAACUUAGCUAGCCAGCACGCUAACGUCGCCUUUAUUUAUAUACGGGUAUGUUGGACAUUUUCAGGUUGUUGGGUCAAUUUAAGACGAGCAAUAAACUUAUAAAAUAGUUACUCGUGUAAUUUUGUUAAUGACGUUUUUUAAUUUUUUUUGUGUUUUUAGGAUGUAAAUCUAACACACACACACUAGCUGCAUAAGGCGCAGCAGGUCGAAGCUGAACUUUAAUAUUAAAGAUAAAAAGUGGAGUAUGUAAUAUAAAUAGGUGCAGUUUUAUUACGGAAGAUAAAACACGGACAAGGUUCACGGAGCGCUCGGUGUCACCACACGACGUUUCAGCGCUCUGUAAUCUGGCGUGAAGCCGAAGGUAAACGGGACAAUAAAAACUUUUAUUAUUG